UACUAUAACUUUUACGAUCGCCCUUAUCCAACCCUCCAGCUUGCCGACACACUUGUCCUCACGACCCUCAACAUUGCCUGUCACCUCAUGUUGACGUAUUUGCCACAACUCUUACCGCGAUGCCCGAACCUCCGACACCUUGCCAUUGAUGCCGACAAGCAUGAAGGAGAGGACACUGAACUGUUUGCCCUGGUCGAACGAUCUUGUCCACGUCUGCACAGUUUCCACUAUGGGAAUGGAUUAGAGGAGCACCACAUCCCACCGCUGGACACUAGGAACGGUACGAGUGUUAUCACUGAAGGAACCGUCGCUACUACUACUGCUACUGCCACGCUACACCCUCGUCUGCGAUUGAAAAAACUUGCAUAUUUCCCCAACGUGACACAUCACGUCGAUCAUCAAUUAGCACGACUUAUCGAAGCCAGCAGUCAAACGCUCGAAACGUUCCGUCUAUCCAUGCUGAUGCGACCUGCAACACAGACGUUAUCCAAGCUAGCCACUUUAAGAGCACCACAACUACAACAUCUAGAACUAUUAGACGCACCCUGCAACAAACACGUCGUAGGCAAGGUGAUCCGUGCAUGCCCGUCGAUCCGAUGGAUCACACUGGAUUCAAUUACUGAUGAAACGUUUGAUGCACUCAUGCACCUUGACCACCUCCAACGUCUUGAAGUGUCGUUGGAUAUGGAAGCAGUGUCGGUUGACAAAAUGCACCAAUUCUUUGCAUCUGCCCGGUCGCUGCGGAGCGUAUCUCUAACAGCAAUUGAUCAUUUCACCGACGCCCAUUUGGAAACUAUCUGUGCUCGCAACAAGAACAUUGAAAUACUGGAAUUGGGCGGCUGUAUAGCCGCCAGUAUCAGUGUCAAAGGCCUCAUUCAUUUUUCACAGCAUCAUGCCGACAACGUGUUCCAGCUGACGUUCACAUCGACAUCCGUUCCCAUGCACGACAAAGUGGUCGCUUUGGCAGAUAUGCACAAUCUACGGCGCCUGGAAUUACGUGGUCAUGGCUGCAUGGACGUCGGCAAGGAUACAGUGACGACAUUGUUUGCUCAGCGGCGCGUGUCUACUACUACUACUACUACUACUACCAAGCUGUCGGUCGUUUUAUAUCGCACAAGGGACGAAAAACCAGUGGUUUAUACGAGCGACAUGUCCGACGAUGCAUUGGAUCAAGUCGAGCGGAAAGUACAGCAGCCCGAUAUCCUUUCCAAAUAUUCCAAUAUGGCUUGGCUUGGCAUGUUGCGAGAAACCUAAAAUGUCGGACGAAAUCGAUUCCCUUUGUAAUACGUCGCUUGGAUAGAAAAGAUGGGCGACAUAUAACGAUAUACAUGUAUCAUAGAAAAUAUAGGAAGAUCACAUGCGACCUUAGCACUUAUACUACUACCGUUAAUAAAUGGAGGACGGUGCAAACGAGGCGAAUACAUUCUCUCGCUGUCGUCGUUUCCAUAUAGCAUGAUUUGAUUUGUAAAUAAAACAACAACUAUUCUGUUCACUCUGAUGGUUUUUCUCUCA